AUGGCGAUCCAAAGAUUUUGGUACGCCAGCACACCCUUUCUCCGCGCCCUGGUGCUUAUGAAUUAUAUGCCUCGUUCAAGAACAUUCAGUUUGACGCAGGGACCCCUAGGAUACUAUACGACACCACAGAAGAACCUCGCCAAUCGUCAAAUCCAGAUGAUUCGCGGGAAGAUGCUCGGUGGGUGCUCUGGGCUGAACAACCUUGGAAUAAUUCUUGCGGGCUCUGUCGAAUACGACGCCAUUGAUCAGCUUGGGAACCCAGGGUGGUCAUACAACACCACUCUUCAGUAUUUCAAGAAGGCGACAAACAUGUCCGAGGCACCGGAAGCCUUGCAAAUCACUACGCAUGCUACAGAGGACCCCACGUAUCACGGAACUGACGGUCCUGUUCGUGCAUCGUACUCGGCCUGGUACAGCGACGCGACGCCACUUGCAUACGAUGCCAUGGUAAAUCUGGGCUUCAGUCAAGCGUACGACGGUGCGUACUACGCUCCCAACGCCGCACGCCCCAACCUUCUCGUGGUAACCGGCGCUCAAGUGACGAAGAUCGUGACUUCGCAAGCCGGCAGCUCGGGCAACCUGACUGCGACAGGCAUCACCUUCGUCUCUGGGUCACAAACGUACACGGCCAAUGCAAGCAGAGAGGUGAUUCUCAGUGCCGGCUCGGUACAGACACCCCAGCUCCUCGAGCUGUCGGGUAUCGGAAACAAGACUCUGCUGGAGAGUCUCGGCAUUGAGUCUAAACUCGACCUGCCGGAGGUGGGCGAGAACUACCAGGACCAUCUCAUUGCGUACGAGCAGUUCAUCCUGCCAAGUGACGUUGUGACGUGGGAUGUAUUCAGCAACCCUGGACCGAAUGCGACGGCAUGGCUCGAGUACGAGACGAACCGUACGGGGCCGUAUGCCUCCUCUAUCAACGUUAUCUCCUACCAGCCCGCAGCAAAGGUCGUAGGCAACAAUACACUCCUUGAACAAUGGCUCGCCGAGCUCGAUGAACAAUUCAACGCAACACAGCCCACGGCAGGGCACCGCGCCAUGUACGACAGAGGGCCCGGCUUCCAGUUAAACACCUCGUACCUCAUGCUCGCGUCGAUUCCUUCACAUCCAUUCUCCCGUGGCUCCAUUCAUAUCGACACGUCGUACCCCUUGGCCAAGCCCAUUAUUGAUAUGAACGCACUCGCACUCGACAUUGACAAGCAUCUAUUUGUCGCGGGUGCCAAGUUCAUCAGGACGAUCGCACAGACUAGCCCACUCUCGGAUGAGAUCCAGUCCAUGGACUUGCCUGCGCUGAACAUGACCACCGACGACGACUGGGAGAAGUUCAUCGCUGAGAACGUCGACAACCCGGCGCACCCGUGCUGUACCGCUGCUAUGCUGCCACGAGAACUCGGUGGUGUAGUCGACAGUACACUGACAGUCUACGGUACUUCGAAUCUCAGAGUGGUAGACCUGUCCAUCUUGCCCCUGGGCACGGCAUAUGCGAUCGCAGAGCAGGCCGCGGACUUGAUCAAGGCUGACUAUGGUUUCUGA